AUGUGGGCCGGACUGCUGCUCCUCCGGGCCGCCUGCGUCGCGCUCCUCCUGCCGGGGGCCCCGGCCCGCGGCUACACCGGGAGGAAGCCGCCCGGGCAUUUCGCGGCCGAGAGACGCCGGCUGGGCCCCCACGUCUGCCUCUCGGGCUUCGGGAGUGGCUGCUGCCCUGGCUGGGCCCCCUCCGUGGGCAGCGGGCACUGCACCCUGCCCCUCUGCUCCUUUGGCUGUGGGAGUGGCAUCUGCAUUGCUCCCAACGUCUGUUCCUGCCAGGAUGGAGAGCAAGGAGCCACCUGCCCAGAAGCCCACGGACCCUGUGGAGAGUACGGCUGUGACCUUACCUGUAAUCAUGGCGGCUGUCAGGAGGUGGCCCGAGUGUGCCCUGUGGGCUUCUCCAUGACAGAGACGGCUGUCGGCAUCAGGUGUACUGACAUCGAUGAAUGCCUAACCGCCUCCUGCGAGGGCCAGUGCGUGAACACAGAAGGCGGGUUUGUGUGUGAGUGUGGGCCGGGCAUGCAGCUGGCUGCCGACCGCCACAGCUGCCAAGACACUGACGAAUGCCUCGGGACCCCCUGUCAGCAGAGAUGCAAAAACAGCAUAGGCAGCUACCGGUGUUCCUGUAGACCAGGCUUCCAUCUCCAUGGCAACCGGCACUCCUGUGUAGAUGUAAACGAGUGUCGGAGGCCUCUGGAGAGGCGAGUCUGUCACCACUCCUGCCAUAACACCGUGGGCAGCUUCCUGUGCACCUGCCGACCUGGCUUCAGGCUCCGAGCUGAUCGCGUGUCCUGUGAAGCUUUCCCGAAAGCCGUGCUGGCCCCAUCGGCCAUCCUGCAACCCCUGCAGCACCCGCCUAAGAUGCUUCUGCUGCCCCCAGAGGCGGGCCGGCCUGCCCUCUCCCCCGGACACAGCCCUCCUUCCAGGGCCCCGGGGCCCCCACCUGGGGUCAGGACCACGAGCCUGCUGUCUCCCACCCCUGUGCCACCCACAUCCUUGCCCUCCGCCCCAACUCGGCUGCUGGCCACCCUGGUGGCCACCCCCGUGCCUGGUGCCUCCCUCUUGGGGACCCUCGGACCUCCCUCGCGAUUACAGGAGGUGACCCCGCCCUUGCCCAAGGGCCCAGCAGCCACACAGAUGGCACCGGGGUCCUCUGCCUGCUGGCACCUGGGAGCCAUGUAUGAAUCAGGGAGCCGCUGGACAGAGCCUGGGUGUUCCCAGUGCUGGUGUCAGAACGGGGAGGUGACCUGUGAAAAGGUGACGUGUGAAGCUGCUUGUUCUCACCCGAUUCCCUCCAAAGAUGGGGGGUGCUGCCCAUCGUGUACAGGCUGUUUUGACAGUGGCGUCAUCCGAGCUGAAGGGGACGUGUUUUCCCCUCCCAACGAGAACUGCACCGUGUGUGUCUGCCUGGCCGGAAAUGUGUCCUGCAUCUCCCCUGAGUGUCCUCCCGGCCCCUGUCAGACCUCCCUGAAGUCAGAUUGCUGUACUUGUGUUCCAGGUCAGUGA